AUGAAUCCGCCUUCACGACGAAAGAGCUGUCUUCGUUGCGCGCUACACAAGGUCAAGUGCACACGCGAACCGACUUGCCAGGAAUGCGGCAAGAGUGGAUUGCUCUGCCAGUAUAAUUUCGAGCCGUCUUCGAAGAACACAGAGUCGAAUGGAUACAAUAGGCGGCAACCUGGAGAAGACCAGGCCCUUCGUUCGCCUCCCAAGCGUGCCAGACUAGAGAUCGAGGAAGUUGGGACUUCUCCUGGACAACAAAUGACAUCUAUGGCACCAGCCCAGUGUCAAAGACCGUCCAGUCUGGAGAAUCAAGCAAGUCUAGAGUGGGGGUUCUCCUGGAAUCGCGAAUCUAAUAGCGACAUGGAUAACCCCACGCUCGUAUGUCAACCUGAUGGUUCCUUCGGACAGCAAAUCGUGAUAACUGCUCAUCGCGAUGACAAUGAUAUCAAUCGGACAAGUGAAAACCAUGGCGUAGAUAGUCAUGGUCUUUUCACGCCCCUCAGGCUUGAUUCUGGGUUGACCAGACACCAUGACAUUGGUCUAAAACGAUCCGGGCCAGAGCACCUGUCUUCAGAACACUGGGAUCUUCUUUUUGAUAUGGAAGACCCUCAGUCUGUGGACCUCACAUCCCACGGAACGUCCGAGUGCCAAAUGCCGAACCUGUCGGAUGAAGGGUUUCCGGAUUUUACCAUCAUGCCAGAAGAUCUAGUCACCGUGGGGAGUGAAUUUCAUCAGCCUUCCAGCACGCCACUUCAGACCCGUCAACCGUCGAGUGAAUUCUUACAAGGUCGAGGAAGCUCACCAAACCAUGAACGCGCACCAGAACCGUCCAUUGCAAAUGCGCCCGGUCUUGUUUACGAGGAGAUAUACAGGUCUAUUAGUGGUCCCGUAGAGCCUUCCGCAUCUGAGGCUGGCAGCGAACCCGCCAUUGAACCAGAACAAAGUCUGGCCCGGAGAAUCUAUCAAGUCAUGCAGCAGACCUCUCUUGGUCAAAGUGGACUGGCCACCGACGUUCCUUCUACAUUCCCGAGCUCAGUUCAGCUCUCGGCCUUCUGGGACUUGUACUUUCUCUACUUUGACAGGCACUGUCCCAUCUUACACCGACAUCUGGUGAAGCCGGUAACCUGUUCACCCCUAAUUGCUGCAGUCGUUACUGUAGUGGGGGCCAACUACGCGGAAUCUGCACAAAGUCGGCUGUUUCAUCAACAAGGAAUUCUCAAGCUCAGUGAAGUCUUACAGACUUCAGCCGACUGCGAAGGGCACGAUCGAAACGUCGAAGGGUCCGUGCUGGCCGCGGUUUGCAUUCUUCUCUGCCAUGCGAUACGCAGCCGAAACAGUCAGCAGGCACGGCUCUUAACGACUCUCUUUGACGCCAACAUUUCCUGCCUUGAAAAGGUUGGACUUUUUCGCCAGCAAGACAACCGGGUUGGAAGGAGGAGUCGUAAUCGGGUGGUUCCGAUGAGCAAGAAUACCAUUUGUGAUUGUAUGGCUGAGAUAAAGAAUGGGAACGACCUUGAACUGCACCACCGCUGGCUUGCGUGGGUCGAGGAGGAGACUUCGCGGCGACUCGCAUGGGCUUAUCUGGCAGCAAACUAUCUGGCAUCUGUGUUCCUUCACGACAGAGUUCUACCCGAUCUCGAGGCACCGACUCUGCAAAUGCCUUGUGAGGAUAUUUUGUGGGAGGCGGAAAACACGAAGGUCUGGUCGAGUUGUUUCCCCUGGUCACACACUCCACCAAUCCAACUUCCAUUCCGAGCCACUCUUCGAGGACUCCUGCACCAAACCAUCGCUCUGAGGGAUGUUUCACGCUUCGGGCGCCUCGUCUGCGCAGCCCUGCUCCAUUACGAGCUAUGCAGAGGGUCGUCGAGCGACGAAGUCGAACAACGGAAAAGCAUCGCACACCUCUUCAGCGACGGCGGGGACGAGCAAAUGCUCAGGUUGGCAGCUGAUCUGGCAGACUCUUUCAAGAGGGAUAUCAGGGCCCAGCUCUGA